CCGAGUGGUCCGAAUGACGCUAAUCGACCAAUUCACUUGCAAGGAUCAUCGCGAAAAAGCGAGAGGGCAGAUAACGAGAGGGUCAGAGGUAUUUCCGCGGGGAGAGGCGUACGGCGAGGAUAUCUGAUCGAGCAGUGAGGUCGUUGUGGCGUAUAGUGUUAAGGGCGUGGAGAGACGGGUGAACUGGUUGCUUGCUAUACAGAUCGGAACAUGGGGAUCGGGGGCGAGCCAUGGAAGGUGGAGAUCGAGUGGGACAUCAGUCUUGGGUUCGAAACAAGGUAGUAUGCAAGACAAUGGAGGAUACAGGCCGAGUAAACCAGGUCUAUAAGGGAAAUAAGCGGCGGUGAUAUUGUGAACAAUGGGUAGAAUAUGGAAGUCGUGGAGGUUGUGGCGUUGGUUGUGGUUCAAGUUGAUGAUGAUGGUUGAGGAACGGAUUGGCGCAGGAGAAACGAUGGAGGGCUUGGGAAACCCCUGACAGACCGGCUACUACUAGUAGUUGCCUGAUGCUAUGGACAAAGGGCAAAAUGGCCAUUUUACGGGGAAACGGCCCUGCAGAGCGUCAUCUGGGCUGUUUUCGCCUCUAUACCGUACCGUGCUAGGCACAUUAUAGUAUGUGGCUUGCUCCCUUGCUACUGUAUCCGAGCGAGUUUAGGUAUCGCGCUCCGGCGCACUCAACCCCUUGCCGCUUGGUAGUGACCGCCUUUGGAAUGCCUCUCAGUCCCCAAUCAGGCCUGGAGAGCCCCUGCACUCCGUACUAUUUAGUGCCUAACGCAUUAACUAGCCACUCCCCCCCUUUCGACGGCCAACGUGGCAUCAAUCUGCUGGCCAUUCCCAUUGCAUCCUGACUGCCUGUGCCGCACCUCCACCACCAUCAUCGGCAUUCUGAUUCCUUCCGGCAUCCAGCAGUCCAACCACAAGUCUCACUGGCUUCUGUCAAGCCACCGGCCAAAAAGUCCACUAUUACUGGCCAGUCACGGAUGCUGACUCCGCGCCUCGUAAGCCUCGUCCUGGCUCAGAUUUCACAAUAGUGCACGGGUGCAAGAUAAUUUCUCCAAGGCCGAGUCUUUUUCAUCAUAACGACCUCUAGGCGAGCCAAAACGAGCAAAGGCAAAUCAAAAGAGAAAGAGAUUGUAGUGCACAAGAAGUUACGCGUUCAUAAUGGCUUCUAAAAGCAGACAAUCAUACUCCCAGAGAGCGGAAGAACAUUCCAGCCCAUUGAUGAAGAAGCUGUUUGGCAUCGCCGAAACCAAAAAGACCAACGUCGUUCUAUCUGCAGACUUGACGACCACGAAAGAGUUGCUCGAGAUCGCUGACCGCCUUGGACCGUAUAUUGCUGUCCUAAAGACGCAUAUCGAUAUCAUCUCGGAUUUUGGGCCGGCGACCAUUGAGGGGUUAACUCAACUUGCCCAUCGUCACAACUUCCUUCUCUUUGAAGAUCGCAAAUUCAUUGAUAUCGGCAACACCGUCCAGAAGCAAUACAGAGGGGGGGCAUUGCGGAUCUACGAGUGGGCUCAUAUUAUUAACGCCAGCAUUCUGGCUGGCGAGGGAAUCAUUCAAGCUCUGGACCAGACGAUCCAUGAAGGUGAUGAGCCAGAACGGGGUAUUCUGAUCCUGGCGGAAAUGACCUCAAAAGGAUCCCUAGCGGUAGGAGAGUAUACCCGGGCGUCGGUUGAGAUUGCAAGAAAGUAUCCUCGGAGUGUCCUAGGUUUCGUCGCAACCAAGGAACUAUCCAGCCAUUCGCCUGAUGCUGCUCCCAAUGAAGAUUUUGUGGUCUUCACAACUGGAGUUAAUCUGUCGAGCAAAGGCGAUGCUCUUGGUCAACAAUACCAAACUCCUACAACAGCAAUGGCGGGUGGCUCUGAUUUUCUGAUCGCAGGGCGAGGUAUCUAUGCUGCAGCAGACCCAGUGUCCGCAGUCAAAGAAUAUCAGAAGGCAGGAUGGGACGCCUAUCUACGGAGAACGACAUCGGCGAGCGAGUAGUUUGGUCCGGAAACAUGCUACUGUCAAAUGUCCGUCCCGGCAGGACGGUGCUACAGCCACAUUCCGCCACGCGGCAAUGAUGUGCUGCUCGUGUCCGGAGUGGCAGGAGUUCCGCCUCUCGGCUAUGCAAGCCUUCCUGGGUUGUCGCAUUGACUCCCCCAGUGUGGUACUUGGCUUCCCAAGCAGCUGAGACCGUCACUGGCAGGGUAACAUGGUAUUUGGGUGCUCAAUGCAAGGCUGGUCCAGCUGCGGGUACGGAGGUUGCUGCUGAUAUGGCAUGCAGUGGCGCCUCCUGACGCCUUCUAGUACGUCGAGCAUUGUCUGCCAGUGUCCUGCACAAUAAGGACGCCGAGGACGCAGGAACGGCUAUUAUAUGAUCAUUAGAGGCGUUCCCGUGCACAGCUGGUCAGUAGUUCGCUGGAACAAGCGCAUCUUUGUCACGCUGGAGCCGAGAAAUUGGCUAGUAGUUGGCGACAAUCUCGGCUAAGGCCACCGCUUAAUUAACAUAAUAUGCAAGGGACAUAUUGAUACAGGCCAGAAGGAGCCGAGUUACCGUAUUUCGGGAUUCAGCAAUCAUCAACUGUUACAGUAGAAUUGAUUGGAUCCAUUUUGCCCCCUUUUCCGGAAUUAUACCCUGCUACGAUGAGCACUGAGAGGGGCCUG